AGUGGGCACAGUCGUACGGACAUGAAAAGGAUCUAACUGUGAGGAAUCUCUGGAGAAAUAAGAAGCAUCUUGACCUGGGAGAAUAGAAAGGAGAAGGUGGAUCCAUUGAAAACAGUCAAGGGAUGACAUAACCAAAGAAAUGAGGAUCUUACAGCUGAAUGAAUGUGUCAAAGUCUUAAGCUUUAACCAGCAUACCUAAGAAACGGGACGUGAAGCAAACCGAACCAAAGUACUUCCAUACCAAAGCAACCCAACCCAAACCAAACCAAACAAAACAAAGCCUGACCCAAACUGUGCAAAGCCUGAACCCAUCAGCUGCUGUUGUCAAGAUGAAGAUGGAUAGCGCCCAGGCAGACAUGAGCGAGUGGAGGGAGGCAGACUUCGCCCUCAACUGCACCUACAUUGUGCCAGACCAGGUUUCAGACCCCAGCUUCAGCCUGCCCAAAGCCAUGACCUCCAUCCCACGCAACCUCACCUUUGAAUACAGCACAGACAAUGAGGUGACAGGCGUGUUCAGCAAAGAGUACAUUCCCCAAGGGACUCGCUUUGGCCCCCUGCAGGGAGACAUCUACACCAAAGACAGCGUCCCCAAACAGGCCAACAGGAAAUACUUCUGGAGGAUCUACAGUGGCAGGCAGCUUCACCACUUCAUCGAUGGCUAUGACGUCCACAAGAGCAACUGGAUGCGUUACGUCAACCCGGCCCGCUCGCUGGCUGAACAGAACCUGGUGGCGUGCCAGAACGGCCAGGACGUCUACUUUUACACCAUCCGGCCCGUAGAGCCCAAGCAGGAGCUUCUCGUCUGGUACAGCCAUGAGUUUGCCCAGAGGCUCUGCGGCCAGCAGGACGACAUCAAACAGAAACACAUCAGCGUUGACCAAGACUGCGAGCCAGAGUACACCAAACAGCACCUACCUCAGCAGGCCUGGCUCCGCGACGAGAUAAAAGAAGAGAAGGAUGAGGAAGCAGAGGAGAAGAUUGACGUGGAGGUCCUGGAGAGAGACACGCCGCCCGACACGCCUGAUGACCAGAUCAUGGACUUCAGCAAAAAGGUCGAGAAGGAGGAGAAGGAGGAUAGACAUGCAGAGGACCGAGGUGCCAUCCCCUCCCCUCAGCCUGAACACAGAGAAGCCAGCCUGGGCUUGAAUCACUCCUACCUCCCUGAACACCAUCCUGCGCUCCCCUCCCCGCACCGUAACCUCCCCCUGCAUCUCCACGGCCUCUAUGGCCACAGAGAAGGCCUUGUGUCUUCUUACCCACUCUACCCCCACUCCAGACCCCUCCAGCCUCCCUACCAGCUCUUCCCCCCCUACAACCCUCACUAUCCUCGCCUCCUGGUCCCCCAGUACUCCCCACCUUUCCCUGGGAUGCUGCCCUCUAGAGGUCCCAUGCGGUACAGCAACUACCUUGGCACUGACGGACUCCCGUACCCCCCCAUCGGCCAGCCCAGCCUGCUUCCGGUCUCCUUGCCUUACCCUCCAUCGCCACAGGGAGGGUUGAAGGAGCGAACCCCCAACAUGUCACCACCCCGCGGUGCUCCAGCCACCCCGGAGCUUUCCCCUCUCCCAAAGCCCAGCAGCCAAAAUCAGACGCCCCAGCACUCUCCAUCUGGCUGCGAGGAGGCCAUGAACCUCAGCCUGGCUACAACCAAAAGCAGCUUAUCAGCGCCGCGCAACGGCCCUGGUUACAAAUCCCUCCCCUACCCACUAAAAAAGCAGAAUGGGAAGAUCAAGUAUGAAUGUAACGUCUGCCUCAAGACUUUCGGACAGCUGUCUAAUCUCAAGGUCCACCUGCGAGUGCACAGUGGAGAGAGGCCGUUUCAGUGUAACCUGUGUAAGAAGAGCUUUACCCAGCUGGCUCACCUCCAAAAACACCACCUGGUCCACACGGGGGAGAAACCACACGAAUGCCAGGUGUGCCAUAAGCGGUUCAGCAGCACCAGCAAUUUGAAGACGCACCUGCGCCUCCAUUCUGGGGAGAAGCCUUACCAAUGUAAGCUGUGCAACACCAAGUUCACCCAGUACAUUCACCUGAAACUGCACCGCCGCCUUCACAGCACCCGCGACCAUCCCUACCGCUGCCAGCUGUGUGCUCAGGCCUUCGUCCACCGCUUCUCCCUGCGCACCCACCAGCGCAGCUGCUGCCCGGCUAACUCCAGCGUUCCCGUCAAUGUGCACAUGAAAGAGAUGGUGGAGCAGUUUGAUGCCAGCCAAGAGGCGGAUGCACUCACAGAGGCAGCGUCUCCAGCACAGGUGGAGGCAGCUGUAGAGCGCUGGGUGGCUCGUAAGUUGGAAGGGUGCGAGGGGAAGGAGGACCAGAAGGAAGCAACCCUGCUGCUUAAGGCUCUGACGGCAGCCAUUAACACCCCAGCGAUGCCUGUGGCCCAAUCAGCUGCACCGACAUCACACCACAGCCCUCAGCUGGCCUAUCAGGAGAGGGCUAGUGUGGUUCAUCUCUACAAACGGCCAGUGGUGAAGGCAGAAGGACAGUGAGGAGGAGGUGAAAGUUCACGUACAGCAAAGGGACAGAAGGACAUUGUUGGACAUUGAUGAAGUCUGCAUACAGUAGGUGUGCAGCCAAAAAAAAAAAAAAAGAAAAAAAAAAGAAACGUCGCCAAAUAAAACUCCCUUGUUUGUCCAAGUAGCACAAAACAGGGAGGUAACCCAGUCACAAUCCAAUGAGCGCAGCACCAAAAGAAGAGCAUUCCAAAGACUGGUCGAGGGUAUUCAGUGAUUGCACUUCCACCCAUAACUCUGUUCAAUUUAAAAGAAAGAAAAGAGAUUGGGUGUUUUUUUGAAGCUGUGAAAUACUUACAAAUGUCACUCAGGUAGCCAAGUGUUUGCUUUGUUUGUGCUUUAAUUUAUUUCUUUUAUUGGAGACCUUGAGUCAUCUAUAUUUAUUUAGCUGAAUAAUUUGUUCUGUUAGUGUUUUUCACACAAAUGUUGACAUCCCAUGGAGACUCGGUGUCCUAGGAAAACCACAAAAGCAACUGGAAAGACUGCAUGCAACAACAGCAUCGUCUUAACUUGUGGAUGAAACGUCACUCGUCCCUUGCCACCAGUGGUUAUCUAUGGUGAAACUUUGUGUGAGUGUGUGUUAGAACUUGUGUGUGUAUGUGUUAAAGUGGGAAUGAACGAGAUGGCGCACAGCGGUACCACCAACCGCGUUCCUGACAAUCUGAUACUUCAGUUUUGCUUUUUGCAAUAUUCUUUGUGAUAAAAAAGGGAAAGAUCAGGUAUCUUAACACAGUGUAUAACCAUUUGCCAAAAUAUAAAGAAUAAAAACAUAAACGGGGCAUAUUACUUUGUCUAGCACAUUUUUUUUUUUUUUUUUUUGAAUGAUUUAUUUUACAACACAUUCUAAUGUAAAAAGUGAGGAAAGGGACCCAGAUUUCAUGAAAGCUUGAACACCUUUUACUGCGAUUGCCCAGCAACUUCUGAGGAGUUUUUGGCAUGUAGACAGGUAUCAAAGAAUUAAAGACACACUCUGCUGAUCAGAGGCCAGUGCUACUAAAAAUAUAUGUGCUGUAGAUUCAGUGUGAUCACAUUAUCACAACAACACUCUAGUAAAAUGUACAUGACAUCCCCAUACUCAUUAUGCUCUCUUUUAUUAGGCUAUUUCCAUUGCGUUUAUGUUGAAACUUCCUCCUGAGGGACUAGGUAUAUUGCUGUGUAGCUUUCUGCUGGAUUCAAAUGUUUCAGCGCUAUUUCUUACAUACAAGGCUUUACUGUUAAUGCUAGUCAUCACAAGCUUCAUCCAAAUAUUAAUUCAGCUAUAUCAGCUACAGCCAAGUAGGGUAAAUAGACUUUGUUACUGCUAAAAUACUGCUGUAUUGUGCACUCAGGUGACUGGCUUUAGAUUUAUGUUUUCUGAUUGUGACUAUGUGUAUAUCGGUAUUUUAUAUCUGACAUAAGACAAAAAAUUUCUAAAUUAUUACUUUCUUGUUUCUUAGCACUGGAAAAAAUGAGCUAAAUCCAUUGCUUUGAUGUUACUGAAAACCAGAAUGCAAGAACUAUGUUUCAACAAUUUACUACUGAGUCAAUAAUGUAUUUCUUAUAUCAAAUUUGUAGUGCUUUUUUUGUACAGUAUGUUUGUCUAUGUAGUUUAUUUUUGGAGACAGGCUAUGAGAUGUUAAUAAUUUAUAUGUGAGAGACUAUUUUGAUGAUACUUUUAUAUUUACAUGAUGUAGCAUAUUAAACUUAUUGUUUCUUUA